UGUGGUCAUGUGACCAUGAAGGAGCAUGUGACCGGUGACGUCACAGACCUCCUUCUAACAACUCCAUUCUAGCCUCUGCUUAUCGGCUGCUGCACUGCAGAGAUGUGUUUGUGACUAGGCUCCGGGAGAACGUUAGUUGAAGAAAACCAGCAUGGCUGACUACUGGAAAUCGCAGCCUAAGAAGUUCUGCACCUAUUGCAAGUGCUGGAUUGCGGACAAUAAGCCGAGUGUUGAAUUCCAUGAGAGGGGAAAGAACCACAAAGAAAAUGUUAUUAAGAAGAUCAGUGAGAUUAAGAAAAAAAGUGUGGCCAAGGCCAAAGAAGAUGAAAAAAAGUCAAAGGAGUUUGCUGCAAUGGAAGAAGCUGCCCUAAAGGCUUAUGAAGAAGAUAUAAAGAGACUUGAAGGAACACAAACAGCUUCUGUGGCCCCGGUAGGUCCAAGCAUUGAAGAGAGGAGGGCACGUGAUGAGCAGAAGAGGAUGGAAUUAGACGCCAUAGAAAAAUACCACGCUAAAAGGCAGUGGACGAAAUCGCGCUCUCCAGAAGGGUACCCAUAUUUCUACAAUUUAUUGACAGGAGAAUCUCAGUGGGAGGAGCCAGAGGGAUUUAAGGAGAAGAAUGACAAGAAGGAGGGCAAAUCUGGAUGGGUAGAAGGAGUCUCAGAAGAGGGUUACACCUAUUACUACAAUUCUGAGACUGGAGAAUCCAGAUGGGACAAACCAGAUGACUUUGAUAACAAUCUGCCCCCUCCCCCUGGGGAUGAUAAGAAAGAUUCCUCAGAUGUUACAGACGUCCCUGCAGCAAAAGAGCAAGAGGCUGCAAACCCAGAAGGAACUACGGACUCGACUUCUGAGGAGUCCCAGCCAUCAGAAGAUACCACACAGACUCCUACAGUUGCACAGACACCUAAAAUCAAUUUUGAGACUAAAAAGGAGACCAAAUCAGACAGCGAUGAGGUAUCUGAACCUGAAAGCAAACAACAAGAGGAAGCGGAGGAGGAAAAAAAAGAUCCUACCCCUACCCCUACCCCACAGCCUGCCGCUCGCAAACCAACUAAGGCUAAUCCAUAUGGAGCAUGGGCGACUGUUCAAGAAGAGGAAGACCCAUAUGAGAAUGUGGAUUUGGAGCUACCGCAUGUGGAAUAUGAUGACCCCACUGUCUCUGUACCUGAUGUGGAGCAAGAGCCAAAAGUGAAGUUUAAAGAAAAAACCAUCACAUCCCUUGGUGACUCAGCAGCUGGAGUCUCCGUGUUCAAGAAAAGGAAGCUAGAAAAUGUGAAAUCUCGAAACAUACGUCAGAGACUAAAUGAUCAGUAAAGGGCUUGGAUUUAUUGGGACAUUUUUAAACUGAAUGUUUUGAAAGCUUGUAGUAUUCAGGUGUGUGUGUGUGUGUGUGUGUUUUUUUAUUUUUUCUAAACUUUUUUUUCCUCUAAGUAAAAGAUGGUGAGUUUAAAAAAA